ACUGCAGACAAGCUAAAUUAACUACAAAUCCCAUCAUCCUUUAAAAACAAACUGCAAAAAUGGCUGCUUCUCGUGUAGCAGCAAAUGAACUGUUUCUUAACAUAAAACUAAUGCCGAAACGUUAUCCUAAAGCUUUGUUUUUAUUCCGACAAAUCAGUACUUCAAGACCACACUGUGACAAACAACCCGAACCGAGAACGAAGAGUGCCCCCCAGCAGCUGGUUGGAGUGGUCGGCCUGGAAAUUCACGCUCAGAUUAACUCCAACACCAAACUGUUCUCUGGCUCUCCUGUUCGCUUCUCAGCUCCUCCCAACUCUCUGGUGUCAUUUUUUGAUGCGUCUUUACCUGGCACAUUCCCUGUGCUGAACAGGCGAUGCGUUGAAGCUGCAGUGAUGACUGGAUUGGCUCUCAACUGCACCAUAAAUAAGAGGUCGUAUUUUGACAGGAAACACUAUUUCUACGCUGACCUUCCGGCCGGAUACCAGAUCACUCAGCAGCGAAGGCCAAUUGCAGUAGACGGCGUGUUGACGUACAGCUACUUCGGCGGGAGGAAGAGGAGCCAGAUGAUCAGAAAAAGCGUACAGAUCAAACAGAUCCAGCUGGAGCAGGACAGCGGCAAGAGUCUGCACGACGACGCCCGCGGCCAGACGCUCAUAGAUCUCAACAGAGCAGGUGUGGGUCUAAUGGAGCUGGUAAUGGAGCCAGACAUGAAGAGCGGAGAGGAGGCCGCUGCAGCUGUCAGGGAGCUUCAGCUCAUCCUGCAGGCCCUGGGCACCUGUCAAGGCAACAUGUCGGAGGGCCAGCUGAGAGUGGACGCCAACGUGUCUGUGCACAGACCAGGAGAGCCGCUGGGCACCAGGACCGAGGUGAAGAACAUCAACAGCAUCCGGUACCUGUCCAGGGCGAUCGACUACGAGAUCCAGAGACAGAUUGAUGCCGUGCAGAGCGGACGGACGGUGCAGAACGAGACGCGGGCGUAUGAUUCCAAAUCAGGUGAAACGGUUCCAAUGAGGGAGAAAGAAGGCCUUCAGGAUUACAGGUUUAUGCCUGAGCCAAACCUCCCCCCCCUGAUUGUGUACGAGGAUAACGCAUCGCUGCCCACCGGCAUUGAUCCGAGCCAGGCGGUGGUGGUGCAGAAGAUAAAGGACAGGCUGCCAGAGUUACCCGGCGUCAAAAGAGACAGGCUGGUGCAGACGUACGGCAUCCUGCCAGAGCACAGCUUCACUCUGGUGAACGAGGACGGGCUGAUGGAGUACUUUGAGACGCUGAUGAAAACAACCCAGAGGGAGCCCAGGAAGGUGAUUGGCUGGGUGACAAACGAGUUGUUAGGUCACCUUAAGCAGCGAGACAUGAGUGUGAGCCAGAGCCCGAUUUCUCCUGCACAUUUGGCUGAGCUGCUGAAGCUGCAGGAAACAGGACGCAUCUCCUCCUCAGCUGCUAAGCAGGUGUUUCAGGAGAUGUGGAGGUCUGGAGGAAAGACGGCCUCGCAGAUCGUCCAGGAGCAGGAGCUGGGGCUUGUCCACGACGUUGCGCAGGUCCACAGCAUUUGUCAGAAGGUGGUGGAUUCACAUCCGGAUGAGGUUUACGCCGUCAGAAACGGAAACAAGAAAGUGCUCAACAAGUUGAUCGGUCUGGUCCAGAAGGAGACUAAAGGAAGAGCCGACCCGGUUCUGGUGAAGGAAAUCCUGCUGCAGAUGACCCAAUGAGGACCUUCUGGGACCUCUACCAACCAUUUGAACCUUUUGAUUCAAAUACUGUGUAAAUUAUUAUAAUCUUAAAUUAUUAUGGGAUCUAUCGGUUUGAAAGGAAAUAAAUGCUUUUUGAAUAUAACAACUA